GUAAACAUAACAGCGUUGAAUAGGUCUUUAACACCUAUUAAAACAAACAAUUUGGAUGUUUUAAAAAUAGGUAUCCGUUGCCAUGGAUAAUUUCGUACCUUUUUUUAUUCACUUGCGAUUUUUUUCGGGUAAAUAUUUAUGUUCCGCCUGCGGAUGAUUCGCGAAUGAUGACCUAUUUCGUGAUUGUUUUAAUCGUUAAUCAAUUGAUCGCGCAAAUUGCAAACUCUGGUUAUUAUCAGAGGAUGAUUUAUGUCGUCGUGUGUUGUUGGAUGAUGCGGUUCAUGGCUGUGAAAUGUGAUAUUUGUUCGUGUGACAAUAAUGCGCUUGUCGCGACAAUUGACAUUGUAACGGACAUUGAACGAUGAAGAGUUUACACAAGGUGGAUGAUUGCAAGCGUUCUUUGUUGAAAAAGUGUUAUCAUUUUGUUAUCUAUUGGGAUAUCAAUGUGUGCGUGUGUGUGUGUUCUGGGAAUGAUUUAUUUUUUGCACUUGAAGUUGAUUACGCGUUGUGUUUAAGUAAUUGUUAUUAGUCAUAAUUGCAAAGUGCAAAGUUGCUUGUCAAAAUCACCUGAUAAUCAUAAGUGUAUUGAUUGUAAUGGAUUAUGAUGUCCUAAAAAUAUCGCAGGCGAUGUAAAAAUUUGAUUUUGUGCGGCGCGUGCAAAGUCAGAAAAAGUAUUUGGAUUAAUUUUAAUUGAAAUGGUAUUAAUAUGAGAGUGGCGAUGUGUCAAAGUUGGUGUUCACAAAAUGGACGCCAUGGUCCAAAUGCGAGAGAUGUCACCAGCAGCGUACGAUGCAACGCCUAUACACUAACGCCACCUGGGCGAAUGUAGAAGAACUUGAAGAGAGGCCAUGUAGAAAGUCUAUUUGUUUGAGGUUAUGGCACAAGCGUAGAUCACGCCGGCGGAUGCGUGUUGUGCAAAUAAACACAAAACAAUCACAAGAAGUGAAACAUUUUGAAAGAAUCCCAAAUCGUCAUAAAUCCCGCAUUUGGAGCAAAUGGUCCGCAUGGUCAAAAUGCAGUAAAUCAUGCAGUACACAACGAUAUAAAGUCUGUAAAAAACCAGGACGUUGUUCAAAACUAAAAAAGUAUCAAAACGCAUGGUGUUACUAUUCGAAUUCAGUCUGUGAACGCAAAGUAAACGAUCACCUGUCACAGUACAACCUACAAUUGAAUGUUGGAACUACAGUAAAGACAACGACGGUAGCUAGUACGCAUGCGCACACCAGCGGCACGCGUACCCCACGAUACAAGCAGCAAUGUGGGCGCCCGCUGCGGAAGCACGCGAUGCUGAAGAUCAAGGGCGGGCGCGACGCUAGUCGCGGCUUGUGGCCUUGGCACGUUGCGGUCGUCAACCAGCACGAUGAAGCGUUCUGUUCGGGUACAUUAAUAGCACCAAGAUGGGUGCUCACAGCAGCGCACUGCAUUCGCAGCAAGUUAAAAGUGCGAAUCAACGAGUUUGAUUUGUGGGAGCCGGAUGGUGAGAUUGAGAUACCGAUUGAGAGAGUUAUCCGGCAUUUUGGCUUCGAUCAGAGGAAUAUUGACAAUGAUAUUGGUUUAUUGUAUAUGGCACGUGCGGUGAAGACACCUGUUGCUUGCCUGCCGAGUGAAAAUCCGCAGUUUCAGGAAACAGCACAAAAGUGUACGGUGUUAGGCUGGGGUGCACGAGAUGCAUCCAGAGAUAAUGGCGGAUAUCAUAUUUUACAAGAAGCUAAAUUGCCUAUAGUUGAAUGGCAAACAUGCAAAGCAGCAUAUUCCGACUACUACAUCUCUCAGAACAUGUUUUGCGCCGGUUAUUCGACCGGUAAGAUCGACACAUGCGCAGGUGACAGCGGCGGUGGACUUCUGUGCCGAACAUGGCGGAAUGAUGCGAGCCGCCGACGCAAGCCGACCGGAUAUGUCGUACAAGGCAUUACCAGUUUUGGCGAUGCUUGUGGCAAGCCGCAGCGUUAUGGGAUUUACGCCAACGUUUCGAAUUAUCUGCAUUGGAUCCACCAUACGAUGGCACAGGUGACGCACGAACGACGCUACUCUCUGUAUUAGUAAACCAGCGAGACUAUUAAAGCAACUGCCAGGGCAACUGCUACCAUGAGAUAAUUUCUAACUUAUAAUUACGAUGCAAAGUGCACACAACACAAUUAAAUUAAUUACGUAAA